AUGAUCGCCACCGCCGCCAGUGACGGCGCAGGUGCAAAUCAGGUGCGUGAGUGGGCGGACUUCGUCAUCAAUGUCGACGUCGACCCCGCCAAGAAGCACGAUCUCUUCCACUGCGCGCCUGUCGCGCGGCUGGUGGCCGAGACGGGAGGCAGCAUCGCACCAGCCGACUUCGAAGACCCUCACAUGCGGGACAUGAUCAAGGCGAGCAUUCCCGUUCACGCCACCCCGCAUGCCACGGAACAGGACGACCCGUGGAAGAGCUGGAAAGUCUCGCCGGCACAGAUUGUCUUGGCACUCAACGUACAGGGGGCGCGCGCGAAGAAAGCCUCGCCAGGACCAUCGGCGCCACCAGAGGUGGCCCACAACAACAAAGACCUUUCCGGCAUGGCUGAAGCAGUGAAGCAAUUUGCGGAACUGCAGUCACAGGCGCUGCAGAAAGGGAAGCCGAAAGAACUCAGAUUCAAGCUGCACGACCGGAAACUCGAGCUGGGCACGCAGCAUUUCCCCAAUGAUGCAUUCCCGUCAGAGGAAGUCCUCGCGAAGUUCGAGGCGGCGGGGAAAAUCGUGCACGACAAAGGCAGGCCUUGGGUCGGGUUCGCUGAGGGCGAGGAUCUGCGCGAUCACCACCGCCCAACUUGGAGCCGGACUCUUAUGAUCGACGCUGUCGUGGGGGGCGGCUCUUACGAGGAGCGGGUGAAGCAGAGCGCUGCCGCCAAGCGGAACAUGGCGUGGAUGGACAAAGUCGACUACGUUGGCUUUGCCACGUUCAUGGGCCACCUGCACGAGUGGGGAUUCAAGGUAAUCCUCACCAAGGCAUGCAGCAUGGCUGACUUCCUUGCGCACGCCCACAACAUCGUCCGCAUCGCCGAGGAAGACGUCGUAGAUUUGGCGCCUUACUUCGCCAAGAUCGAUCGUGAAAACCUGGCUGACGCCAAAGACAAAGUAAACAAAAGCUUCACGGAGGCUGGCCGGGCUGUGACAGCUACGGGGCAGCAGUCGAGGGGUCAGCCCAAAGGCUGCGCCAAGGGCGUCGCCGACAAGGGCGGCAAGGGGAGCAAGAAGAGCUCCGACGGCACAGAGGCUGACAACCGGCCUGUCCGGUCGCCGGCCAAGCGCCCCAAGGGCACGGCGGGCACCGAUUAUCAGCACAGGUACCAGUUCAAGGUCAAGUGA